AUGAAUCGAUACCAGUUCAAAUCCGCCGAGGAGAGGGAUGCGGUUCAGUGCCAGCUGUUUGUGGAGAGUCUGGGAGGAGUGGCUCUCGAUUGGUUUUCACGACUCGAGGCGAACUCAAUAGAUAACUAUAAGGAGUUGACGACGGCUUUCGUCGAACACUUCUCCAUGUUCAUCGGGCAGAACACCAAGAACUUCGAGCUCUGGCAAAUAGCCCAAGGAGCAAGCGAGAGCCUUCGCGAUUUCAUCCAGCGCUUUAAGACGAUUGUCGCUAAUUGUACGAUCAGCGAUGAAGCCGCUCUCUUAUGCCUUCAGAAAGGAGCUCGGAUAAAGACUAGCUUCCGAAGCGCGAUCACGCAUAACCAUCCACAGACGUUAGAAGACGCACUACACCGAGCUAAUACUUACAUUGCCGAAGAAGAAGAAGAAGCCGCUUAUGAGCAAAGUUAUUCGACAAAGCAACCCGAACGUUCGAAAGCAACAACUAACGAACCACAGUCAGGAUACAGCAGAGGGUACGAGAAUCGUAAGAAGUUCUACGCUAAUGCGAUCCAGCAAACAACCAAACAAGGACAUAGCACCGAAGAAUGCAGACACCUGCGAGAAUAUCUACUCAGCCAACAUCGAAAGGGGCCAAUCUCGGUUGAUGAUCUCCGUCGCUUAAACACGCCUAGGAACAGUGGGCAAAUCUCGGUUGACGAUCUCCGUCGCUCAAACACGCCUAGGAACAGUGGGCAAAUCUCGAUUGACGAUCUCCGUCGUUCAAACAUGCCUCGACCAAACAACGUACAGCUCGAGAAUGCUAUCGCCAAGGAUCCACCAACUCCACCAGCUUUACUGACGUUACCAGCUUUACCGGCGUUACCACCACCGCCACCACAGGCCGCCAGCGCACCCAAAGUCCCGCACGAUCCGCCGAAAGGAACGCCUUUGGUAUUUACCGAGGCUGGCACAAUCGGGUUGUAUAAACCGCACAACGACGCCCUUGUCGUCGAACUACUCCUCGACGACGUCGAAGUUAGCCGCAUUCUGGUCGAUACAGGCAGUUCGGUUAACAUUAUCUUCAAGGAAGCACUUGACCAGCUCGAGUUACUAUCAGAUAAGAUUGAGCCUUUUAUCGAGCCACUUACAGGUUUCGACGGAGAACGCUGCAUGGUCAACAUCCCGAUCUACCUCGGCGGAGUCGCAAAGAUCAUCCAGUUCCUCAUCCUCGACAAACCAGCAAUCUACAACGCCAUUCUCGGCACACCUUGGUUACACGCAAUGAAGGCGGUGGCCUCGACGUACUCAGUGCCUGAAGAUCCCAACUCCCGACGUUCACUAGGUCCGACAAACGAGCUUGUCGUCCAGCAAACCAAACCUAAGCAGGAAUCAAUUAUUCAAGUGUGGAUCGACGCAGUAAGGCCAGAGCGUCAAGUCGGAAUCGGUGCCGAACUCGACUCAAGCAUCCGCGAUCCACUCAUUCACUUUCUGAAACAGCAUUCGUCAACCUUCGCAUGGUCGGUAGAAGAUAUGCCCGGGAUUGAUCCACAGAUCGCGUGUCACGAGCUUAACAUCGAUCCAACAUACAAACCGAUCAAGCAGAAACGCCAAAAGCUCGGACCAGAGAAGGCACAAGCCGUCAAUGAUGAGGUCGAGCGGUUGCUUAAAGCAGGAUCUAUUACUGAGGUCAAAUAUCCUGAUUGGUUAGCAAAUCCCAUAGUCGUUAAGAAAAAGAACGGUAAAUGGAGGAUUUGCGUCGACUUUACCGAUCUCAAUAAGACAUGUCCGAAAGAUAGUUUUCCUUUGCCUCAUAUUGACCGCCUUGUGGAUGCAACUGCCGGAAACAAACUACUCUCGUUUAUGGACGCAUUCUCCGGAUAUAAUCAGAUUCUUAUGCAUCCGCAAGAUCGGGAAAAGACAUCGUUCAUCACAGACCGCGGCAUAUACUGCUAUAAGGUCAUGUCUUUUGGUCUGAAGAAUGCUGGAGCAACGUACCGACGACUGGUGAACCGGAUGUUCGCAAGCCAGCUCGGGCGAACUAUGGAAGUUUACAUUGACGAUAUGCUCGUGAAAUCACUCGUCGCUACCGAUCACGUCGGUCAUCUUCGCACAUGCUUCGAUAUUUUAGACCAGUAUUGCAUGAAGCUUAAUCCCACUAAGUGCACGUUCGGCGUAACGUCUAGAGAGUUCCUCGGAUACAUAGUUACACGGCGAGGCAUCGAAGCUAAUCCAAAACAGAUCGCAGCUAUACUCGAGCUCCCAUCUCCGACAACCAAACGCGAAGUUCAGCGACUCAUUGGACGCAUUGCAGCACUUAGUCGAUUUAUAUCCAGAUCAACAGACAAGUGCUUGCUUUUCUACCAACUUCUUUGCGGUAACAAACAUCUCGAAUGGAAUGAGAAGUGCGAAGAAGCUUUUGCCGAGCUAAAAAAAUACUUGUCUACGCCACCAGUCUUAUCCAAACCCGAAACCGGCAAAACACUCUACCUCUACAUCGCAAUUUCGGAGUACGCGGUCAGCAGUGUUCUUGUUCGAGAAGAUCGUGGCGAGCAGAAGUCAAUGUUCUACACAAGCAAAUCCCUUGAUGGGUCAGAGUAUCGUUACACGACCUUGGAGAAGUUCGCCUUUGCCGUGGUUAUUUCCGCGAGGAAGUUACGCCCGUAUUUACAAUCUCACUCGAUCGUUGUCCUAACUGACUACCCUCUUCGCACUUUCCUCCAUAGCCCAAGUCAAUCCGGACGACUCGCCAAGUGGGCCAUUGAACUUAGCGAGUAUGACAUCGAAUACCGAGGAAGAACUGCAACAAAGUCUCAAGUCCUGGCGGAUUUCUUGGUCGAACUCCCACCUGAGCUCGUCGAAGCUAAUCCUGUCAUAAAACCUUGGAUUCUCUACGCCGAUGGCUCCUCUUCCCAUAAAGGAUCCGACGUCGGGAUUCGUCUCAAAUCCCCCGAAAGGGAGGUUAUCGAACAAUCAUUUCGUCUUAGCUUCCCGACGUCCAACAAUGAUGCCGAAUACGAAGCAUUGAUUGUCGGACUACGACUUGCUAAAAGUAUUGGUGCCGAACACGUACACGCUUACUGCGACUCUCAACUUGUGGCUAACCAAUUUCACUGUGAAUACGAGGCUAAGAACGAUCGCAUGGACGCGUACCUCAAAGUCCUUAAGGAUGUUGCUUCGGAGUUCUCAACCUUCGAGCUUACAAAGAUACCUCAUGAUGAGAACGCAACCGCCAACGCCUUAGCCGUUCUCGCGACUAAUUCUGAACCCGAUCUUCGGCGAACUAUCCCAAUCGCAGCAAUCGAACGACCAAGUAUCGAGCCUGGUCCGAACUGCAACAUCAUUACAAGACGCCGUGAUUACGAAGCCCAACCCAAUCUCGCUCCACCCCUCACCCGGAAGACGAAACCCAGAGAGGUCGUCACCGAUCUCAACACCAACAUGGACGAACAAAACGAUAACGAAUCUGAUCUCAAAGACGAGUCCGAAGGCCAACACGUUCCAAUCGAUAUCGAAGCCGAAGGUGAAGACGAGCCCAAAGAUUGGACCUUAGAAAUUGUGGGCUACAUUGGAGAUGGAACGGUCCCUGCAGAUAAAUGGGCAGCUCGGCGCCUUAAGGCUCGUGCAGCUCGAUACAUGGUCAUUAAGGGCACUCUUCUCAGAUGGGAUGUGUCCGGUGUACUCUUGACUUGCGUUCACGGCAACGACAUCAUGGAAGUAAUGCAGAAAGUAUAA